AAACGAGUCUGUCUGUCUUCCAGGCGCCUUGGCUGUGCUUUUCGUUUGGUGUUUGAUACCUGAAUUUAGUCUGUAUGAGAUUAUGUAAACACUUUAAAUUUCGAUAAUAAAUGAAUUAGUGAAGUGAUUGGUGGUCUGUAAAAUAUCGAUUCAUUUAAAAUCCCAGAUCUCCACUCAUCCACCCAUUCAGCAUGUCUUCGGAAGUACUGAAGAAACGCAAAACCAAAGUCCUCCGCAGUGAGGCAGGGACCCCCGAGUUGAAACGCAGCCGAGGAGAGGGAGAUCCGGAUUUGCGUGUGUACAAUGAGGAGGCUGUGCUGGAUAGUCGGAAUCCUGAACAAGACUAUGCCCAGUAUAAGGACAAAUGCGAGGUCAUCGCCAAUCUCAUGGGGGAAAUUCAGGAACUUAAAGCCAAUGGAGCCAAAGAGGGUUCAGUAGAGCUGGAGGAGAGACGGAGAGAGUGCUGCAUCCACUUUAUCACCUUGAAGAAGCUCAAUCGCCUGGCCCACAUGAGGCUGAAGAAAUCUCGCGAUCAGACACAAGAUGCUAAGCAGAGGGUGGACGUGCUCCAUCUGCAGCUCCAGAACCUCCUGUAUGAGGUCAUGCACCUACAGAAGGAGAUCAGCAAGUGCCUCGAGUUCAAGUCUCAACAUGAGGAGAUAGACCUGGUCAGCACAGAAGAAUUCUUCAACGAUGCUCCCGAUGAAAUCUCUCGUCCGCAGCUCACCAAGGACGACCCUCACCAGCUCACCCUGUCCCGGCUGGACUGGGAGCUGGAGCAGAGGAAGAGGUUGGCUGAACAGUACAAGACCUCCCUGUCCAGCAAGGAGAAAAUCCUGAAGGGGAUUGAGGUGAAGAAGGAGUAUCUGGGCAGUCUACGGCCAGGCCUGCAGUCAAUCAUGCAGGCUUCCCUGCCCCUUCAGGAGUACCUGUCCAUGCCCUUUGAGCAGGUUGCCAAGCAGGCUGAGGUGGCUCGUCACCUGCCCCCUCCUCUCUACGUGCUGCUGGUGCAGGCCAACGCUUAUGGACAAGCCUGCGACAAGAGCUUGUCUGUCCUCAUCAGUGGUGAUGUGGAUGAGGCCAGAGCCCUUUCCAAGCCGCCAGAGGAUUCACAAGAUGACGAGAGUGACUCAGAUGCAGAGGAGGAACAGAACACGAAGCGGCGGAGGCCGACCGUGGGAGGACAGCUGGACGACAAGCGCAAGGAGAUGCUGAAACGCCAUCCCCUCUCUCUCUGCCUCGACCUCAAGUGCAAAGAUGGCAACACACUGCAGCUCUUCUUCUACUAUCUGAUGAACCUCAACAUCCUGACUGUGAAGGCCAGAGUGUCCACCGCCGUACACCAGUCUCAUGCCAUCAGUGCUGGGGAGCUGCUGAACUCUGAAACCCUCUUGAACUGCAUCUACACCUCUGACACUGGCAAAGAAACCCCCAACCCUGCCAACCGAUACCAGUUUGACAAAGUCGGGAUUCUGUCCUUCGCUGACUAUGUGGCUGAUCAGGGCCAUCCUUACCUCUGGGUGCAGAGCUUGGGAGGACUGCAGUUUCCCAGCGACAACAACCCUGAGAGUGUGAUGACGGGCAGCAAGCUGAGUGCCAGCCACAUGGAGCACACCAUGAAGCUACUGAGGAGCCGGCUGCAGGCACGCCUCGCCCUGCACAAGCAGUUCAUGUCCCUGGAGAAGAACAUUGUGCCGGUGACUGUAGAGUGCCAACACCUCUUCCCUGCCAAAGUCAUCUCUCGACUGACUCGCUGGAGUGCCAUCACCUACCAGGAGUUUGAGGAGAUGCCCCUGGUGCAGCAUGUGCUGAAGGCAGGUCUGGCCCAGGACACCGACCUCUACUUCAUGGCCCAGGUGGAGAGGGGAACAGCCUGUCUGCAAGCGGUGGUGGUGCUGAACCCUCGCUACCCUGACGUCACUCCUCUCUUCUCCCUCUGCCUACUGUGGAAGGGAGAACGCACAGGACGCACGGAUGACAACUUGCGGGCUAUGGAGAGUGAGGUAAACGUGUUCAGGUCGGAACUCCUGGGCCCGCGUCCCGGCCAACAGCUCUUGACCAAUCAGCUGCAGCGGCUGUGUGUAUGUCUGGACGUCUACCUGGAGACAGAGAGCCAGGUGUGUGACGGGGUGGAGGGGCCUCGAGAGUUCCCCCGCGAGAAGAUGUGCCUACGCACGGCCAGGGGUCCAAAUCGCCUGAAGCCUUUCAAGUACAACCACCCUCAAGGCUUCUUCAGUCACCGCUGAACGGAACAUCCCCAACAAGUCUAUCUGAAGUAGCUCUGUCCUCAUACACUUUAUUUAGAGUGUAUUAAAUGAAUUUUUUAGUUGUCAUCUCUAAACAAUUAUGGUUUUUAGGUUAAGGUUGAAAAAAAUAAAUGUUCUCCAGUUUUUUUGUAUAAAAUAUCUGGUUUGUUCUGCU